CCGUAGUCGGGGAAGAUGGCGGCCAUAGCAUUGGUUAGCCGUCCUGCUAACGUCCUUCCAAAGAUUUGCAGUAGCUCCUCCCCUGCUGUGUUGUCAGCCGCCUGUGUCUCCACGGGUCAGCAGAGGAAGCUGCACCAUGCCGUCAUCCCCAAAGGGAAAGGAGGGCGCUCCUCUUCAAGCGGAAUAGCAGCCACAGUGUUCGGUGCCACAGGUUUCCUGGGCCGAUAUGUGGUCAGCAGGCUGGGUCGGAUGGGCUCUCAGGUUAUAAUCCCUCACCGUUGUGAUCAGUAUGACCUCAUGUACUUCAGGCCCAUGGGUGACCUUGGACAAAUCCUUUUCAUGGAGUGGGAUCCCAGGAACAAAGACUCCAUCAAACAUGCUCUGGAGAACUCUAACGUGGUCAUCAACCUGGUGGGCAGAGAGUGGGAGACCAGGAACUAUUGCUUUGAGGACGUCUUCGUUUCCAUCCCUCAGCAGAUUGCCAAGGCAGCCAGAGAGGCCGGCAUCACCAAACUCGUCCACAUGUCUCACCUCAACGCUGACAUACGCAGCCAGUCCAAGUACCUGAGGAACAAGGCUGUCGGAGAGAACGCAGUGAGAGACGAGUUCCCAGACGCCAUCAUCAUGAAGCCUGCUGAGAUCUUUGGGAGAGAGGACCGAUUCUUCAACUACUACGCAAAUAUGCGCUGGUUUGGUAACGCUGUUCCACUCAUGGGCAUGGGGAAGAAGACGGUGAAGCAGCCGGUUCAUGUGGUGGAUGUUGCCAAGGCCAUCAUCAACGCUGUCAGAGACCCUGACGCUGAUGGAAAGACCUUCCAGCUCGUUGGCCCGAACCGUUACCUCCUUCACGACCUGGUGGAAUACAUCUACGCUGUGGCACACAGAUCCUUUGUGCCCUACCCCCUCCCCCGUCCUUUCUAUCGCCUCGCUGCUAGGUUUUUUGCAAUGAAUCCUUUUGAGCCUUGGACGACCCCCGACAAAAUCGACAGGUUUCACAUAACAGACAUGAAGUACCCAGGACUUCCUGGUCUGGAGGAUCUCGGGAUCACACCUUCCACUGUAGAACAAAAGGCGAUCGAGAUUCUGCGUCGCCAUCGCCGAUUCCGUUACCUGGAGGCGGACCUGGAAGACGCCAAGCCGGCCAAGACGGUCAACUAUUAAACCUGUUGAGAACAUCCCUAUCGCUCCGGCAGUCAGAGGAUGCCUCUGCUAUUGUCAGUAACAUAUAUUCUGUACAUAAAUAAAAAAAUACUCUUUAAGGGUUUCCUUGA